UCCUCUGGCUUCCCGUCAUCCGUUUCGGCGACAUUCUCGCGUCAGUCCUCGUCGCGAAGUUCAAUUGGUGUGACUCGACGUCGUGACAGCACCUUACGUGAGUCACCGGUUCGCGGACAUCAUAGCCCCUUCUCUCGCAGUCCGUAUAUGCGACAUUCGUCCUCGUCGCAGUACUGCGCUGAUUUGGUACGGAACUCACCGGCACGGACCAGUGGAAUGUCUGAGGAUAGCGGUGUGCAAAUGUGGAACGACCAGACGGUACUGCCUGGAGGACAGCAGGUAGUCUACUCCCAGACGCUGUUUCGAAACGCGGACGGUCGUUGGUCAGAUGGCCGAAUUGUUCAGCGACGAAAACCGAAACGGUCAUCGACGUUCCAACGCGACAGUCCGGCUCGAAUACCACAAAAUCGCGGAAAAGCACAACGAGCCUCGUAUCCAUCACCGAUGCACUUCGAUUUGGAUCUUUGUUGUGACUGUAACAAUGAGAAUUGUUGUCGACGACAACGGGCUCGUUCGAUGAUCCAAGAAAGAGCCGCGCAAUCUCCAACACCUUACGACGAUCCAACCGAGUUGAAUGUCUCUAAUCUUCCGCAAUCAUCGUCCUAUCAAGAAGCACUUCGUUCUGCUGGCAGCACUGCUGUAAUGACACCCACAGUAUCCGAUCAUCAUCUUGCCCCCGUGGCUGAACCGGUCCCUCCGUCGCGGGUUGUUAGCUAUGGUAACCAGAUCUACCACCCUCCAGUGAACCCAUACGUUAAUCCACUUUCAUCACCGGAACCACGUGUUAGUCCGACACCACCAGUACGAAAAAUGUCCGGUCAGCGGACGAAUGUCGACCAGGACGGCGACGAACUGUUCUCGUCGCUGGACUCGAAUAACCCAAAGCCAAAUCGUAAGACGCAGUCCGAUGCGUCUGCUGAAAACAGUUCCGAUGACGAAAAAGACGCGGAAAACGGAAACGUGCUCGAUUCAUCGCUCGAUUCACAGAAAGCGUUCAGUGCCUUGACAAAGACGAGCAGUGAGGAAGACAGCGCAGAGAAACGGAGACGUGAACUUAUAAUGAUGACGUCGUCGUCGACUAUGGCCUCAUCCUUGGAGAGAUCUCUCGAGCAAGGUGCAAUGCAUUCGGAUGGACUCAGCGAUAAGGAGAGACGAGACGAGCGUCAAGAAACAACCUAUUCGACGGACAUCCGCGCGAACGAGUCGGAAUCCACAGUCAGUCAUCAUGUCAAUCGUCGAUGA